CCGCUCUCUCUUUCCUGUCACAGUCACAGUUCUCAGCAUGGAUCCUCCCCCCAACUUUAUUUCGGUGUUUUACUGUUAGUUUGGCGUUGUCUCGGGAUUAACCCUCGUUGUGUUGACCCGUAGCUUAUCUAGACACCAUGUUUACCACCACCGGUUCUCGGGGCCUCUACAAGGCUCCUCUGUCCAAAAGCCUCCUGCUGGUUCUCAAUGGGCUGACUGUGAUGCUCACCCUGCUGCCACAGUACCAGCAGCUGUUCGUGUACAACCUCCACGCUGUCACACAGCAGCACCAGGUGUGGAGGUUGUUGUGUGGCAGGCUGGUCUGUCUAGAUGUGAAGGACUCUUUCUGCAGCAGCCUGCUUAUUUACAACUUCAGAAUCUUUGAGAGGCGUUUCGGCACCAGGAAAUUUGCUUCUUUCCUGCUGGGCACUUGGUGUCUUUCUGCACUGGUAGACUUCCUGUUGGCUCAGGCUUUCCAGUUUCUGUUUGAUUAUGAGGUGGAGGAGCUGCCUGCAGGACUACUUGCUCCAGUCUUCUCUCUGUUUGUGCCUUUCUACCUCUCCAUCCCCAAGAUGCCAGUCACCCAGGUUCUGGGUCACAUCCAGAUCACCAACAAGUCUCUGGUCUACAUAGUAGGCUUGCAGUUGUUGACUUCCAGCCCCUUCAUGUGGCUCCUUGCACUCAGUGGACUGAUCUCAGGCGGACUGUACCACUCCAAUUUCCUCCGGUUGCAGAAGAUUCUCUUUGUACCUGCCUGGGUGUCUCGUAUUGGACGGUACAUUCUGGAGCCGCUCUUCUCAAGCUCCCAGCCAAGCAGUGAGACACCUUUGGGGAUGGGAGCUACUCUGGACAUUCAGAGGCAGCAGAGGAUGGACCUGCUGGACCAGCAGCUACUCCUGGCCCAAUACAACGAGGCCAGAAGGAACGCCAGACAUCAGCCACAGGCUGGGUUGUUACAGUGGACCAGGCUGUUCCCCUCUCUAAGACACAGAGGACAGAACGGACCUCCGAUGCAGCCCCGUCCUCAGGCUCAGACACACCAAUCCACACAGCCAACUCUGGACAACUCUCCUGUUGCAGAGGAGCAGGUUGCACGGUUAGUGGAAAUGGGCUUUUCCAGGAUUGACGCCCUCGAGGCCCUCAGAGCUUCAAAUAACGACAUUAACAUGGCAACCAACUUCCUCCUGCAACACUGAGGGAAAGAGCUCAGUGAGAGGAAAGAAAAGAGGUGAAUGAGGACAGAAAGACAAAGCAGAAAAAGAAGCAACCAAAGCAGGGAAGCAUUAAAAAAAGUGAAACAGAGAGAAAUGUUGCAGAGAAUUAAAGAUGGUGAAUGAUUGAGAACGGAAGAAAAGCCAAAUGAAAUUUGUACAGAUAAUCUGAAGGCAGCGUCACCGCUCCCUGAAGCAGUGUUACGCUGACUCGAACUGAACUAAGCCCGAUAGGAGGCUGAUUAAUAACGAAGUGUGAAGCACAAAAUGGAAGACAUUUGCGUCAUAGCUUUCUGGUGACCGUCUUAGUGUGAAACAGGCGUCAUCACUCAAGGCAGAUGAGUUAGACCUCUAACUCCCAGGGGUGCCCUAUGAAAAAUAUACACAAACCAAACAGGUACAGAGUAGAAACAGAACUCUUCAGUCCAGUGGUGGACAUAUUCUUCACAUUCUUCAAAACAGGACUGACAGAUCCCACAGAUACCAACCUAUAGCUAUGUGAACUACAGUGUAAUGUAUCCCAAUAUAAUAUACUGCCACUUCCACCAUGGCCACAGUGUAACCACAAUUUUUGGACCCUCAUAACUGACAAGAGAUAAUGACAUGAAAGAUAAAAGUGCACAAAGAUUUAGAAACAAUAAAUCAGAGAACAUUCUGUCUCUUGUCAGGUUUUAAACUCAACAAAAUAAGACACUUUUUGUUAAGAACUUCAGGCUAUCCACUUUUAAGCAGUUUUUUUGCAGCAGCUGUUAGAAUGUCAUAUUCUCUAUGAUGAGAUGCAGCAGCCUCAAUUACAGCGUAAUCAUUUCUGAUUAAAGAAUCCAUCAGCAACCUCCUCCAUCACAAUUUUACUACAUGGUUUUUUCUUCUUUGUAUUUGUGUCAUGGAAGUAGCGGGGCUCAACCCUUUCCUGCUUGAGAAGUUUUCACAAAGCCUGACUGACAGAUACUGAAGGAGCCAACUUCUUUGGAGCCGACUGGUUUGGCCCAAUUUUAACUCUACGAGUGCGUUGUUGGCAACGGGCAAGACUGUUUGGCAGGAUACUGGUUAGAUAAGCUAUCUCAGGGUCUGUGAGGCGACGUCUUUUGUUAACGACAUAAUCACAUUUGCAGACAUGAGUGCACACACAGGUGCACAGUAGCCCUUCAAACAGGUCAUGUUUCUCACUCUUCAAAGUCUCCAUUUCAUGCCCUCAUAUGCAAACACUGCACACACUCCUCAAAGUUUCAUCUACUCCGUCUUAACCGAGUCUUUUCUCUGCCAGUACACUCGUCUGACUCAUAGCAAGUCUUAAAAAGUCUGUUGAUAUUUAUUAUGCAAUAUCACGACAGAGACGUUUAUGGAGACUAUGCGCUGCAUAGCAACUACUUUGUGUACAUAUACAUACAUGCAAGAGAAGUAAUAUUGCAGCCAAUGUGUUUUGAUGUCAAAGACAGAUGCUAGUUUUAUAUUUUGUGCAUAAUAAUAUUGAUAAUAUAUGACCACUGAAAUGAGUCUCUUGUUUGUGUGUAUGUAUUUUUGAGAGUGUUCUAAUAGUAUGUGGGUGUGAUGAGAGAGUUGUUGCAUGGACAACUUUCUGAAGAACUGUAAUGAAUCAUAUUUGAUCUGUGGAAUAAAUCAACUUGCUGACUGAA